AUGUCUUUGGCGCUUCAUUGUGAUUUGUGCGGGUCGCCGUCUGCCAAAUUCCGUUGCGAGCGAUGUUACAACCAGCUCUUCUGUCGCUCCUGUGACGACGUUUUCCAUCGACACCCGAAAAGAAUGAGUCACGCCAGACAGCCUUUAGAAGACCAGAUGGUCUGGGCGACUGACCAGUCUCGUCCACCUCUCCCACCAAAAGGCGAUACUAUUCAGAACAAUGCACCAGUUCCACCACCAAGAAGGCAUAGGAUGCAACAACCCCAGCAGCAAAUGCGCAGGGCGUCUCAGUUUACGCCACGCCCCUCUAUUGGAUCAAGAAUGCAGUCUCCUGCACAGAAACCACCAAGCUUACAUGGAUGGAGGAAUGAGGAUAGGAGAAAUGCUCACAAUGACCCAAGAAUGGAUACUACAAGUAGACCUGCUGUGCACACUUUGCCAGUUUCCACCAGGCCUCCUGCUGAUUGGAAUCUGCCCAGGCAGCAAUUGCCUCUUCCUUCAAGACAAGGAUUUUACAAACAAACCAAUGGAAGCUUACUGAGCCUGAACAACUCUGAGGGGCAGCAAUCCAGAGCACCCAGCAGAUUAAUGGCACCAACACCAAUGCAACAAGCACAGUCCAUGGCUAACCUCACUUGUCCUUCCUGCCAAAACACCACCCUGUGGGGACCAGACCCUGCCAAAAUUGAGGACAGAGCAAUUUCUGUCAUGACCCAGCCUUAUGUACCAGAGGACACAAAUAUCUACAGUCAAGAUAAACAGCAACUAAUGGAAAGAAAGAAAUCAAUGCCAACCACCAAGGAGACUCCAGCAGAAAAACAUUACAUGAGGCUGCACUCUUUGCAACAGCAACAACAACAAAAUAGCUUUCCUCCACCCAGAAGAGCACCUAGUGUUGACAUAAUGAAUGAAUGGAUGCCACAGCCUAAAUUACCACCACAAAGCAGCUCAAUGCACAGAAAGUUUUCAAAAUCCGCUCAAAGGACGCAACAAACUGGAAGACAUUAUGCCAGGUCUGUGCCACCAAGAUCAUCUUCAGAAGAAUCAGAAGAAGACUUUUAUUCCAUUGGACACAGUGAUGAUGAUUUCCAAGACACUCUCUCCUUCAAAACCCUGAGAAGUAGGAGAUCCAGAGCAGCAUCACAGCAUGCACUAACAGCUGAAUCAAAUAUGUCUUUGGAUGCAACUGCCAAAUGGCAAUGCAAAUUCUGCACCUUUCUAAAUGCACCAACAGCCAAGAUUUGUGUCAUUUGCUCAAAGACCAAUGUGGUACCCAAGGGGUCUCAUCCUGCAAUGCGACACAGGCGCUUCAAGAAGCACAUCAGGAGGUCCAAUACUGAUCAACUUUUGCAAUCCAAAGACUUGUUGGAAACUGUGUCUCUGCCACCACCAGAGAAAGAACAGUCAAGGUGUUCUUCCUCGCUGAGUUCAGACCUGGACACAGCCAUUGAUGACACUGCAGUUUCAAAGAAGUCCAUCCCCAAAAAUGUGACUUCAUUGACCCCAGGAAACAAGAAGCUAGAUUUAAGGCCAAUAAUCAGCACAGAUCAAGGCACAGAUCCACUGAAACUCGAAGAUGCUGAGGACCUGGAAUCCCUGGAUGGCAAAGUACAUCAACUCAUCAUCCAUAGCCCUACAGCUAUUGUGGCCAAUGAAAGCACACCUCAGCCAGCAUUAAGCCCUGCCACUGAUUCUGAUGAGGGAGGAGAAAUCGUAUCAGGAAAUGUGACACUCAGGACAGUAGCAAAUGCAGAAAUCCAAGUAGCAGGAAUCAAAGAAGGCCCAGCAGUCAGUCACAUAAUCCAGCCAAAACAAUGCAUGUCAAAGGGAACAUCUCCUCCUCCCAUUGAAAUUGGCACACAGGUUCAAAAAGAGUUUCACAAGGGAUUUGUUCUCCAGACACAAGAAGAGGAUAUUUUUUAUGAAGUCUCUAGUGUGCUUCCACCCAGGAUUCCAAUUCCUCAGGCCACAAUGGCCUCACACAUUCAUAAGGUCAGGGAUAUCCCAGUCAGACCUCAAGUGACAAGCCAUACAAUGCAUGACAACAAACCAAGCUCAUUUGCUCCUGUUGGCUUUGUUCCUGUCAAGGAAACAGCUCCUUGGAAUUCCAUGCCCCAAAACAAUGCCAAGUUUGUGGUGCAUCCAUUACACAGCAGCAAGUCUCCUCUUCUGCCAACAGAACCCAUGAGACAGUUCAGCAUAAAUUUCAAUGGCGUUUCAGUUGAGAAGCCUCAAGAAGUUCAGAAACCAGCAAGCUUUCACCCAGAAGAUAUGGAAAUUGCAAUGCUUCAUUGUGGAUCAAAACAUCCUUUCAUUUGGUUGAAGGAAAACUGGCCUCUCAUGGUUCAGAGUGUUCAGUCUCUAGCUGCAGAUUAUUUGAAUGAAUUGGAAGGUCCACAGAAUAGCAUUGGGAAAAUAACAGAACAAGAAUCUGAAAAAGCACUCCGUCAGAACAAAGGAAAUGUAUGGGCAUCAGUGAUUGAAUGUACUCAACAGCGCAAGAACAAACUUUUUGCAUUGACUGAGAAGUAUCCCAGUGUCAAAAGGGAAGAGAUUCUGGAAGUGCUGGAGCAAUUUGGAGGUGAUCAACAGAGGGCUGACAUGGAAUUGGCAAAGGCACAGUUCAAGCCCAUUUUUAUGCAAAUGAUGAUUCCCAGGCAUAUGGAGAGUAAUCAAAAUCAUCCCAUUUCUCCAUUCAGUCUGCCUUAUCAAACUGUUUCCCCAAUUUUCAAAGAUUCAGCAAUGACAGCAACAGUAAUGGCAAAGAAUCCAACAAUUCCUGUCCUUGCACCUCAGCAACCUAUUGACAAAUCUGCAGGGAGUUCAUCACCAACUGCGCUAUUUAGUGACGCCAAUGCAGAAUUCACAGAAGAAAUAUUUACAGAGAAGCCCCCUGAAAUUCUCAAUUUUCACAAACCAGAGGAUGCUGUUGAAUAUAUGGAAACCACUCAAGUGAUUCCAAUUGAGGAAACCCCUCUGCAACCAGUGACAGUCAAGGUGGAAGUGCCUGAAAUUCUGCCAGAGCCUCAAGCUGAAAUCCCUGAACCUGUGGUAGAAGUCCUGAGUCAGGAGUUUGUGAUGGAAUCUGAACAUGUGCCUGAUGGUCAAGUUCACAAAGCUAAUGGAGGGUCAGACAAGGCUGUCAAGCCUGAGUUUGAGAGGAAAGUCAGGCGUCUCCUGGCUGAGGGUCUGGUGAGAAAUUACAAAGAAGGAGAAAUAGCAGCAAGGCUCAUGGAAUUGGAUUUUUCAGAGCCAAAUUGCCUCCAAGCAGCAAGGGAAUGUGAUAGUCUUUACACAGCUAUCACAUUUCUCCAACAAUCCUGUGAGAUAUGUCUUCUCAAAGUGCCAAUCAGCCAAAUGGUGUCUAUGCUGCAUUGCACUCACCGCUGUUGCCGCAGUUGUGCUAAAGUUCACUUUACCAACUGCAUAAAAGAAAGGAGCAUUCUGGAAAUCAAGUGCCCAUUUUGUGACCAGCCCAACCUUCAGAAUGACGACUUAGCUCAAGAAUAUUUUUCCCAUCUAGAAAUCAUCCUGAAAAACACCAUUGAUGAUGAGGCCUUUCAUCUUUAUCAACAAAAACUCAGGGACUGGAGUCUCAUGAAAGAUCCAGCCUUCAGAUGGUGUGCACAAUGGACAAAAGAGCAUGAAGACAUGACUUGUCAACAGUUCUCAGUUCUGGAUACAAAACCAGAGGACAAAAUUCACCAGGCAGAGCUUCUAAUAGAAGAACAGCUCAAAGAAAAUGGGAUUCAGUGCCCCAAUUGCCACUUCCGUUACUUACUAGCUAGAGGUGGUUGUAUGCACUUCACUUGUGUCCAGUGUAGACAUGAGUUCUGCAGUGGCUGUGACAAGCCAUUCUUCAUGGGCAUUCAAUGUCCACUGAAAGUUGAGUUUUGUGCAAAACUUGGACUCCAUGCUCACCACCCAAGAAACUGCUUGUUUUAUCUAAGAGACAAAGAGCCUGCAUUGCUGAAGAAACUGCUGAAAGAAAAUGGAGUAGAGAUCAAAGAAGAUGCAGGAGAGUCAUUGCCAAGUCAACAAAGGAAAUGUUUCAUUACAGAAGUCAGAGAGACAAUCUCAGGACUGGAAGAACACCUCUGUGGAGAAGAUUCUCCUGAAGGAAAUGCUGGCUUAUGCAGAAACCAUUAUGUGGAAUAUCUUGGAAGCCUGAUCAGGAAGAACAUGUUGGAUCCAGUCUCAAUAAUGUCAACAGAUGACUUAGAAGUGGUGAUCAGAAGAGCAAAUCAGAGAAUGCCAUUUAGAAGCCCUGGAGAGACACCUGAAGAGUACCGUCCAAAACUACUCAAGGUUAUACAAGACCACAUCCAUCUGGAAUCAUCAGACAGCAGGUCAACCUCAGACCUGGGUGAUAAGAAGCUGUCCAGAGGAUUAGAAUCAUUCCUGCUCCACACUUCUCCUUCAGUGAUCUGAGAAUUAAUGCUACAUUCAUAGAUUUCAAAUAUAACAAAAGUGCAUACUGAUAUACCCAAAGAGUUCCCUGCAUUUUGUCUGUUGCUUUACCAUGUGAGAAAAAAGCCAGUGUCAUGUAAUAUAGGCUGGAAAUCAAUGAAUGAAAAUAAAGUGGUCUUUGGAGAA